AUGGUGACAGAGUGCAAUCCAAGACCGCCGAGUAAAGAAGCAGAGAACUGUUCCACUCCACGAGAGUUUCUUGAACUAUUCCUGAACAAGGAUAUAAUGCGCAUUUUUCGCGAGCAAACUAUUUUGUACGCUGCACAGAAGAACACGGACCUGUCCGUUACAGAUGAUGAAAUCUUAGUCCUGUUAGGAGGUCUUCUGUUAUCAGGAUAUGCCAAGUACCCAAACAAAAUGAUGUUCUGGUCUCGACAGAGUGACACUCCAACGAUCCUUGCUGACAUCAUGCGGUGUAACCGCUUUGAGUCUAUUCUGCGCUGUUUUCAUCUAAACGACAACAGCAAGCUGGAUACCACGGAUCGUUUGUACAAGGUUCGACCGUUUCUAGAGGUUUUGGAGGCCCAAUUCAAGCGUCACGGCGCAAUUGACGAAGACUUGUGUAUCGACGAAACAAGCGGGUAUAUGCUGUCAUUCGAAAUAUACGUAGGGAAGAUUGAAGAUCCUGCGAAGAAGUUCGGACUCGGAGGUGAUACUGUCCUGUCACUUCUGACAGGCGCUGAAAUCCCACCAAACCCCGGAUACAAGAUAUUCUUCGACAACUAUUUUACGUCAGUCAAGCUUUUGGAACAUUUUUCUGAGAUGGGAUACUGUGCAACUGGUACUGCGCGAGAAAAUCGUGUGGAUGGCUGCCCCCUGAAGCCAAAGUCCGAGAUGAAAAAGCUGGAACGAGGCAGCUACGACUACAGGACUCGCAAGAACGUACUGCUUGUUAGGUGGAACGAUAACAGCGUUGUAACUGUGGCGACCAAUUACGAUGGGAUAGAUGUGGGUGCAACAAAACGCUGGUCACGUGAGCAGCGAAAACACGCUACGGUGCCACAGCCCAAGGUGGUCGCACACUACAAUAAAGGAAUGGGCGGAGUGGACAACAUGGACCAGCAGGUAGCGACCUAUCGCACAAGGAUGCGACAAAGAAAAUGGUUGUGA